GCUUCAAAUCUCACCACAAUGAAGGUUCAUGUUCUUCUUAAUUUCGCGUGGCUAACUUACAUUUUGGCUUCAUCUCCGGAAGAAAAUCUUCACACCAGGGAUAACGAACUGUUUGAAGGUGAUAUAAAAUUGGUACCAGGCCAGACCAGAGGUGCAGUGGCGAACAGACUGUGGCCAGGCGGUACGCUCGUGUAUGACAUCGACUCUAGUUUAAGAUAUUCCGCUGCAAUGGCCGUGAUUAACGCUGCUUUCAACGCGUGGACAACACAAACAGAAGACUGCAUAAAAUUCAGACAGAGGACGGCUGAUGAUUACGCAUAUGUAAAAUUUUUCAGUGGAGGCGGGUGCUGGUCUUACGUGGGACGAACCGGGAGGGAACAACAACUGUCCCUAGGCAAUGGAUGCUUGUAUCUCGGCACUGCUGCGCACGAGAUCGCACAUGCCCUUGGAUUUCUGCACGAACAAUCGCGUCCAGACAGGGAUCAAUAUGUCGAAAUCAAGUUCGAGAACAUAAGCCCAGGAAUGGAAGGCAAUUUCCAGAAAUCAUACAGUGCAAACUCGUUUGGAACGCCUUAUGACUACAAUUCAGUCAUGCAUUAUGGUGAGAGGUACUUUUCUAAAAAUGGACAGCCAACUAUCGUCCCGAAGAAAUCAGGGGUGUACAUUGGUCAAAGAGAUACUAUAAGUCCCAUCGAUGCAGAAGAAAUGGUUCGGUUGUACAAACGUGAAUGCGGGGGAGAUAAUCCACAGACAAAGCCUCCGCCAGUUAUUCCUCCAUCUGCCGUUUCUUUCUCGUGCAAUUUCGAUGAGGACGCGUGUGGAUUCCAACAAAGUUCGACCGACAAAUUUGACUGGAAAAGAAGGAAAGGUCCUACACCAUCGGGAGGGACUGGCCCAAAUAAAGAUCACACAUCUCGAAAUGGUUACUACAUGUUCAUUGAGGCUUCAUAUCCACAAAGGAAGGAUUACAAUGCCAGAAUGUCCCGUACGGUUUCGCUUACUGGAAAGUCUUGUCUGAGGUUUUAUUUUCACAUGUUCGGGAGUAGCAUGGGGACGCUGAAGGUUACAUUAGGUAACAAGAGGAUAUUUGAAAAAAGUGGAGACCAAGGAAAUGACUGGCAUAUGUUCCAAGGUCGUCUUACAGGAUCGGGGCCUAAAAAACUGACUUUCGAGGGAAUAAGAGGAAGCAGCUACAAGGGAGAUGCUGCAAUCGACGAUAUUAUCAUAUUUGACUGUUAGAGUUUAAGGCUGAUUGAAAUAAACUGUAAUAAUCUUACUUAUCA